AUGACGCUAGGCCCAGUGGUUACCGGCACGUCGGUCAUUGCCCUCAAGUACAAGUAUGGCAUUCUGAUCGCGGCUGACAAAAAGGCGAGCUACGGGAGCUACGCCAAGUUCCAGAACGUGGAGCGCAUUUUCAAAAUCAACAACAAGACGGUGAUGAGUUUCAGCGGUGAGUUGGCAGACGCGCAGUACCUCCAUGAGGCUCUCACCCGAGUUAACGUCAACAAUGUCAUGGAUAAGAAAAGCAAGUACGACGUGCACAAUACGAAGUAUUAUCAUUCCUAUGUGGGUAGGCUCUUUUACAAUAGGAAGAACAAAAUCGACCCUCUUUUCAAUACAAUCAUCGUUGCGGGGGUGAAUUCACAAGAGUACGACGAUAAUGAUAAGGACGUGUUACUUUAUUCGGACAGACAUACGACUGAUGAGUAUAAGGUUAUCAAUAAGGAAGACCUAUACAUCGGCUUUGUAGACAUGCAUGGGACGCAGUUCACUGGAGAUUAUAUGACAACUGGGUACGCUCGUUACUUUGCUUUGACUCUGCUUCGAGAUCGCUAUAAGGAUUACAUGACAGAGCAGGAAGCGACGAUUCUUUUGAAUGAGUGCCUGCGUGUUCUUUACUAUCGGGACGCCACGGCAUCAAACAAAAUUCAGAUUGUUAAAAUCACUAGCAAGGGGGUGGAAUACGAGGAGCCAUACUUCCUCUCCUGCGACAUGAAUUCGCGCGACUACGUGUACCCCUCGAUUAUGCUGCCCUCUACGGGCUGCAUGUGGUAG